AUGGUCAUAACACCUUGCACAACUCCACCCACAGCCGCCAUUGCCGCCAAACACAACCUCUAUGGGAGAGACAUAAAGGAGAGAGCCCUGAUUGAUAUGUAUUCAGAAGGUAUUGCAGAUUUGAAUGAAAUGACCAUGCGUUUCCCACUAUGCCCACCUGAUGAACAAGACACCAAGAUGACCCAGAUCAGAGAGAAAACAACAAAUCGUUAUUUCCCAGCCUUUGAAAAGGUGUUGAAGAACCACGGACAAGACUACCUGAUUGGCAACAGGCUGAAGGCUGCCAUUCACCUGGUUGAACUUAUCUACCACCACGAGCUAGGACAGAGGCAUGGAACGAAGUCUCCCUCAGAGCCAUUCGAAGGAAUCAAUUUUGAUGACACCUUGAUUUCAGACUUCAGACUUCUAGAACUGUGAGGGAAUGAAUUUCUGUGGUGUAAGCCACCCAGUCUAUGAUAAUUGUCACAGUGGUCGCAGGAAAUGAGUACAAUUACUUUGCAAUAAACAAGAAUGAAUACAU